AACUCAUGCCGUAGCUUUGGGUCUUAGCUUCUACGUGCGGACUGCCGACACGCCCCCUGAAUUGUCCAAAUUUCAAUCGAGAUCCCUCUCUCUCUCUCUCCCUCUCUCUCAUGGCAACCAUCUCUACCUUCUCGUCCCCGCCCUGGCCCAAUUCCAACCCGAACUCUAAUUCUCAAGAGGAACAGUCGAUUCCUCUCGACUCCCAGAACGACUCGGCCAUCUCUUUCCGAUCAAUUGAAUACCAAUCUAUUGGAUCCCACGGCCUUGGCCACGAACGCGACGACGACCACGACAGCGAUCAGAACCCUAACCCUAACAUCUACAAGCCGUUUCCGGCGCCAUAUGACCCGCCAACGCUUGAACCCCACGGCCACGGCCGUAACGAGAACCCUAAUCCUAACAUCCCCAAGCCGCUUGAUCCGCCGACUGUACUCCACCUGUCGUUCAACCAGGACCAGGGGUGCUUCGCUGUGGGUACUGACUACGGGUUUCGGAUUUUUAACUGCGACCCGUUCCGCGAGAUCUUCCGCCGCGACUUCGACGACGGGGUCUCCGGUGUAGAGAUGCUCUUUCGGUGCAACAUCCUGGCCCUCGUUGGCGGGGGACCCCACCCUCAGUACCCACCAAGCAAGGUCAUGAUUUGGGAUGACCACCAGGGUCGUUGCAUCGGCGAGCUAUCUUUUCGCUCUGACGUCCGCUCCGUACGACUACGCCGCGACAGGAUCGUCGUCGUACUGGAGCAGAAGGUCUACGUGUACAACUUUGCCGACUUGAAGCUGCUUCACCAAAUUGAGACCAUCUCGAACCCUAAGGGCCUAUGCGCGGUAUCCCAACUGGCGGCGUCGCUGGUCCUGGUCUGCCCCGGUUUGCAGAAAGGGCAGGUUCGGGUCGAGCACUAUGAUUCGAAGAGAACCAAGUUUAUCAUGGCGCACGACUCGAGGAUUGCCUGCUUCGCACUCACGCCGGACGGGCAGUUGCUCGCUACGGCGAGUUCCAAAGGGACUCUGGUCCGGGUUUUCAAUAGCAUCGAUGGAACACUUCUUCAAGAGGUUAGGAGGGGUGCAGAUAGAGCAGAGAUCUACAGCUUAGCGUUCUCUUCAACUGCCCAGUGGUUAGCAGUCUCAAGUGACAAGGGAACCGUCCACGUUUUUAACCUUAAGGUUAAUCCUGGAUCGCCAGGGAUUGAGAAGUCACGAUAUGCAUCUGAUUCUAAUCUUGCAGUUACACAAUCAAGCUCAUCUCUCUCGUUCAUUAAGGGAGUGUUGCCAAAGUAUUUUAGCUCAGAGUGGUCAGUUGCACAGUUCCGCUUGCCUGAGGGUUCUCAUUGCCUUGUUGCUUUUGGUCACCAAAAAAAUACAGUGGUAAUUCUUGGCAUGGAUGGAAGCUUCUAUCGCUGUCAAUUUGACCCAGCAACUGGAGGAGAGAUGACGCAAGUGGAAUAUCACAACUUUCUAAAGCCAGAAGAAACUUUCUGAUGCCAUGCGUGCAUAUUAUUUCGUUGCUACAUAUAAUAUUCUUUUUUUAACUUUUGGUUCUUUUCUUUCCUUUGACAUAGGGUAUGAGUAAUGACGUUGUAAAUAUAUGUGUAAAAUAUGCUACUGGCCUUCCAAAAAAACAAGGGAAAAAUGAAUGUUAUAACUUUCUGAUCUGUUCAUCACAUACAUUAGAUUAGAUUCUUCAAUCUCAGUUGUGUCUGUGAUGCGUAGUUUGUAAAAAUACUCACUCAUAAGAUACAUGUGCUUGGAUAUACCAAACCAA